AGAAAAAUAGACAACUAACUUACCCUUUCGAUCUUCUUCUUUCAUUUGCAUUUGCAUCUUCCCCUUUCUCUGAAACCCUAAAUCGGAAACUCUGAAAUCCACAACAUGUUGCGAGUAGCCGGGAGGAGAUGCUCUUCUCUCUCUUCUUCAUGGCGGUCAUCUACUCCGGCCUCAUCCGCCAUCAUCUCUCGCAAUCCAAUCAACGGCGCCGGUGAUUCCAAAUCCGAUGAUUCCAGAUCCAUUUCCAAUCCUUAUCCUUCAUACCUCAAUUCCAUGUUUCUUCAACACAUCAGAGGUCUUUCUUCUGGUUCAAUUACUCCAACACACGACCUCGGUUUCGACGUCCCUCCCACCGUAGCCGCCAUUCAGAACCCAACAUCCAAAAUCACUUACGACGAGUACAAUCAUGAACGAUAUCCACCCGGUGACCCCAGCAAGCGUGCUUUUGCAUACUUCGUGUUAACCGGCGGGCGCUUCGUUUAUGCAUCCCUAAUCCGUCUCUUGGUACUCAAGUUUGUUCUAAGCAUGUCGGCCAGUAAAGACGUUCUUGCCCUUGCUUCCCUCGAAGUUGACCUCUCAAGCAUCGAGCCAGGGACUACAGUCACCGUCAAGUGGCGUGGGAAACCAGUCUUCAUCAGGCGCAGGACCGAGGAUGACAUCAGCCUAGCCAACAGUGUUGACGUGAACUCCCUUAGGGACCCACAAGAGGAUGCGGUUAGGGUUAAAGACCCGGAGUGGCUCAUAGUUGUUGGGGUGUGUACUCAUCUGGGUUGCAUUCCGUUGCCAAACGCAGGGGACUUUGGUGGGUGGUUUUGCCCGUGUCAUGGGUCCCACUAUGAUAUCUCUGGAAGAAUCCGGAAAGGUCCUGCGCCUUAUAAUCUGGAGGUGCCUACUUAUAGCUUCUUGGGUGAUAAUAAGUUGCUGAUAGGUUGAGAAUGUUGUGAGCAAGGUCUGUUAUAAAGAGUGCUGCAAGAAAGCAGAGACUAAUGGUUUAAUUUUGUUAUAUUUUUCAUGUUUUUUAUUAUGUAUCAGAUAUUUUUUUUGUAUGGGCUGCAUCUGAGUACUGAAUAAGGCAGCAUCAGGUGUUUUUUAUUUGUUGGGAAUAUUUUAUACAUGUGAUUUUUUUAUUUAA